AUGAACUCCAAAGCAGACCUACAAGGAAAUCUUGUGACUUGCAGACCGUUGAGAAUAGGCAUCGUCGGUGCAGGACUUGUCGGUGCUACUGCUGCUAUUGCGCUAUCCCGUCUACGGGGCGUUUCGGUAGCAGUGUUUGAACGUUCGCCGGGACCUCGAGAGACAGGCGCUUGGAUUAGUCUCACGGUCUCAGGUCUGAUAAUUUUAGACAAACUCAUCGACUUAGAGAAGGUCCAAAAUAUUUUGUACCGUGGUGAUCAUAAUGGAACAUAUGUGACUAGGCAUUGGAGAACGGGGGAGAUCAUUGCUAGUAAUCCUUCGUCUCCCCACGUGGCGAAUCGGUUUCAUCAAGCACGCACCCACCGAGUUCCACUUUUAAACGUUCUUCUAUCAAAUGUACCCCAAGGUGUUAUUCAAUAUGAUCGACAUGUCGUUGGCCACGAGGUAACAGAAAGCGGUGUUCGGUUGAAUUUUAAGUAUUCCGCUUCAGAAACAUUCGACCUUGUAGUCGCUGCAGAUGGUCUGUUUUCUAAAAUGCGACGCCAUUAUGUUCCCGAUGAAGUUCGCUACAGAGGUUCUGUCGCAUACAGAAAGCUGUUUCCCCAAAGCCAAGUUGCGCAUAUUACGGGCUUGCACAAUGAUAGCUCGUCAUGGCGUAAGGAUGGCGAGGUGAUGUUUUUAUCACCGCUGGGCCUCGGCCAGUACGGAAUUGUAGCCAUCAUAAGAGAAACUGAUGAAUUUGCAGAAACGCUUCAAUGGGCACAUAGCACCGGAAAGGAAGGUCUUGAACGACUACGGAAACAUUUUGCAACCUGGGAUCCGAUAAUCGACGAAGUUCUUCAGACGAUGACGGACAUUGAUGCUUACCCUCUUGACUCGGCACCAUGGAUGAAGCAACUGGUUCGGCAUGACCGUAUUGCAUUUGUUGGCGAUGCAGCUCACCCUACUGCUGGUGCUUAUGGAGCAGGUGCGACGAUGGGUCAAGGAGACUGCUGGGCAUUGUUCCGCUCCCUUCAGGAAAGUUACUGGCAACCAACCAGUGUAAUGGAGACAGAUUUACCGGCCAAUCAUAUUCCACGAAGUCGUUAUGACUUGCAGCGAGCUCUUCAGCUGUAUGAUGCCACCCGGCGCCCCUUCUUGGCACGAGUGGAGCUUCAAAUACAGCUUGACGGUGCGGAUGGCUCGUAUAUUUCCGAAGCAGCAGAUGACGAGGAAGAAUGGAUUAGGAGAUUUCAAGAACGACAUCGAAAUCAGCUUUGGUUGACGGAACAUGACGUUGAAGCGGAAUUUGUCAAGACCUUAGCCGCGGCGCCUGUGUCGUCAAGUGUUAAAAAUAUGAUUUCGCCCCGCUUAUAG